AUGAAGGUUCGAUCGUUGAAGCUGAGGGAGGCCCACGCCAACAAGGGUGGUCGUCGUUCCUUCUGCUCCAUCCUGUGGGACCAGCAAGCUCAGCAUCUGGUCACCGCCUCCUCUUCCGAUGUCUCCGUCUCCAUUCACGACCCUCUUCUCCCCUCCGCCACUCCCAAAAUCCUCCGUCACCACCGUGACGGUGUCACCGCCUUGGCUCUUAGCCCAAACUCCACUUGCCUCGCAUCCGGUUGCGUCGAUCACUCCGUCAAACUCUACAAGUUUCCCGGUACACCAUUGUGGGAAUUCGAGACAAACAUUACGAGGUUUACUCUUCCAAUUCGUUCUCUAGCGUUUAACAAAUCUGGGAGCAUGCUGGCUGCAGCUGGUGAUGAUGAGGGCAUCAAGCUGAUUAACACAGUUGAUGGUUCUAUUGCGAGGGUUCUGAAAGGGCACAAAGGGUCCGUCAGUGGCUUAGCUUUCGACCCUAACAGCGAAUACUUAGCCUCUCUGGAUUCAACUGGAACUGUUAUUUUCUGGGAGCUUCAUUCUGGGAGAAUCGUUCAUAAUCUCAAAAGCAUAGCUCCUGACACAGGGGUAGACCUUUCCACUAUGAAUGUUCUUUGCUGGAGUCCUGAUGGCGAGACCUUGGCGGUUCCCGGGUUGAGAAAUUAUGUGGUGAUGUAUGAUAGGGACACUGCUGAAAAGUUGUUUUCUUUGAGAGGUGAUCAUGUAGAAGCUAUUUGUUUCUUGUGCUGGUCACCCAAUGGAAAGUACAUUGCUACAUCAGGUUUGGACAAGCAGGUUCUGAUCUGGGAUGUUAGUAGGAAGCAGGACAUUGAUAGGCAGAAAUUUGAUGAGAGAGUUUGUUGUAUGGCUUGGAAGCCAAUUGGGAAUGCCUUGGCUGUUAUGGAUGUUAUGGGGAAGUAUGGUGUUUGGGAGAAUGUUAUUCCUUCGUCGAUGAAGUCUCCAACUGAGGAUAUUCCUGUGCAAUAUAAGAGUAAUGGGCUUCUUUUGAUUGAUGAAGAGGAUCCUGAAAACAGUGCUUCAAGUGGAAGCUUGAGUGAUAUUGGUGAAACUAGUAAUGUUGAUGCUGAGCCACCGAGCAGAAAGAGAUUGCGUAAACAGUCUUUGAGUGAGGAUAAUUUUGAUGAGGAUGGAGGUGAGGAAAUUGGUUUAUAUCCUAAGGUUGAGUCUCACACGAAACGAAAUCGCUCAAAGAAAGAAAAUUUGGACAGUGGGAAUGUGAGGUUUAGGAGCAACAUGGUAAUUUGUAAGCCAAAGAUGCAGGAGGCAUUUCAACCAGGAUCAACCCCUGUGCAGCCUGGGAAAAGGCGUUUCUUAUGCUACAAUAUGCUUGGAUGUGUGACCUCUAUUGAACAUGAUGGAUACUGCCAUAUUGAGAUUGAUUUUCAUGAUACUGGAAGCACUCCACGAGUUCCUUCAAUGAUAGAUCAUUUUGGAUUUUCAAUAGCGGCAUUAAAUGAGAAAGGGAGUGUCUUUGCAAAUCCUUGCAAGGGGGAGAAGAACAUGAGCACCCUCAUGUAUCGCCCAUUUAGUAGCUGGGCUAGUAAUAGUGAGUGGUCUAUGCGCUUUGAGGGAGAAGAAGUGAAGGUUGUUGCACUUGGUGCGGCUUGGGUGGCCACCGUAACUAGUUUUAACUAUCUUCGCAUCUUUUCUGAGGGUGGUUUGCAGAGACGUGUGAUUUCGCUAGAUGGGCCAGUGGUGACUGCAUCUGGUUUCAAGGAUCAGCUUGUAGUUGUCACUCAUGCUUCUGAUUGCCUUUCCUCGGAUGAUCAGGUUGGUUCAGUCUUCAUGCUUAGCUGUUGCUUGAGAUUGGCAGGUCCUAUGUGA